AUGUCGAUUAAUAAUGUAUUUGAUAUCAUAGAUGGAAUACUUUAAUUAGUAUCUUCUCUUGCUGAUAUUUCAAGGCUAGAUGUUAAUAUUUCAAUAGGAAUGGUUUGUAGAAUCAUAUUUUUUAUUGUUGUAAUUAGCUUGCGAGAUCUAAGAACUUAUCCUGUUGGUGAAUUUUGUGCAUAAGUUGUUGCAUGGCUUGUUUUUCAUAUCUAUAUCUUAUACUAUGAAAAAGAAUAUUUCUUUACUGGGGAAUCCAAGGUAUUUGAUAGAGAAAUACAAUUUAAAAUUAUGGAUACUAUAUAAUUGAUAAUUGCUACAAUAUAUAUGGCUUGCACAUUUGAGUCUACCUUAGAAAUAUGGGUUUUGGCAUUUUUUAUAAUCAAUCUCUUUUUAAAUUGUUGUGAAUUAAUUUAUAUAUCAUGUUUUAGAAAAACUCAUACUAAUAAUUACAAUAAAUAAGGAGGAUACACUUAAAUGUAUAUAGGUUUUUUUAUCGGAGCUGCAGGAGUUAUUAUAUUUUUGAUAGACGCAGCCACUAAAUAUUCAGAAAAUGUUAAAGCUUCAGGAAUAUUAACAGUUAUUUUAUAUUUAACUAUUGGCGGAUAAUUUAUUGUAGUGUUUUUUUCAUUUGGAUAUUUUUGCUUAGAUAGAUAAAAAUUUAAAUGGUCUUAUGAUUGGACUAAGGGAAUUUUAGGAUUUCUUUAUGGUGCAAAUGUUGGAUUAUUUAGUAUUUUUUAUGGAUUUUUAACCGGUUUAGCAACAGCUUGCUACAUUAUCUAUUAGAUAUCAAAAAAAGUUGAUGAAUAUAAUAAUUAACAAUAAGUCCAUCCCACUGAAUGA